AAAAAAUAAAAUAAAAUAUAUGGGAUACACAGGCAUGCAGCCAAGUGAUUACACGGUCCCGGAAGAAGUCCAAUCCGCCGGUUUCCAAAUCUGCGCCGACGAACUAGAGUCCAUAGUGGAGGGCCACGACGUCAAGAAGCUCAAAUUCCACGGCGGGCCCCACGGUAUAUCCCAAAAGCUCGCCACCGACCCCACCAACGGCAUCACCACCGAAUCACUCACCCGCCGCCGCGAACUAUACGGCACAAACAAGUUCGAAGAACUCGAGCCCCAGAGCUUUCGGGUGUGCGUGUGGGAAGCCCUCCAAGAUAUGACACUCAUGAUCCUCGGCGUGUGCGCAUUCGUCUCCCUGAUAGUCGGGAUACUAACCGAGGGAUGGCCCAAGGGGGCCCACGAUGGCCUAGGAAUCGUUGCUAGCAUCUUGCUUGUUGUUUUCGUGACAGCUACUAGUGAUUACAGGCAGUCGUUGCAGUUCAAGGAUUUGGACAAGGAGAAGAAGAAGGUCUCGAUCCAAGUCACGAGGAACGGUUAUAGGAAGAAGAUGUCGAUAUACCAUCUUCUUCCAGGGGAUAUCGUGCACCUCUCCAUAGGGGAUCAAGUCCCGGCCGACGGGCUCUUUCUAACAGGGUUCUCUGUUUUGAUCGACGAGUCGAGUUUGACUGGCGAGAGCGAGCCGGUGAUGAUCACUUCCGAGAACCCGUUUUUGCUAUCUGGAACGAAAGUGCAGGACGGUUCUUGCAAGAUGCUUGUAACCACGGUUGGUAUGAGGACUCAAUGGGGUAAACUAAUGGCCACGUUGAGUGAAGGAGGCGAUGACGAAACUCCGUUGCAGGUUAAGUUGAACGGGGUGGCUACUAUCAUAGGCAAGAUAGGGCUCUUCUUUGCUGUGGUGACUUUCGCCGUUUUGGUUCAAAAAAUGAUCGGGAGAAAAUGGGGAGAAGGGACGACCUUAAAAUGGUCGGGUGACGAUGCGAUGGAGUUGCUUGAGUACUUUGCGAUCGCAGUAACCAUAGUUGUUGUGGCGGUACCCGAGGGACUCCCUCUGGCCGUGACGUUGAGCCUCGCCUUUGCCAUGAAAAAGAUGAUGAACGACAAGGCGCUCGUGCGCCACCUGGCGGCUUGCGAGACGAUGGGUUCCGCCACAAACAUAUGCAGUGACAAAACCGGGACCCUGACGACGAAUAGCAUGAGCGUGGUGAAAUCGUGCAUUUGCAUGGGUGUGAAGGAUUUAAGCAAGUAUUCCUCUUCCGGAAUAUCCUCGGAGCUUCCGGAUUCAGUUGUGAAGAUUCUUCUCGAGUCAAUUUUCAACAACACGGGCGGAGAAGUUGUGGUGAAUAGGCGCGGCAAGCGCAAGAUUCUCGGGACUCCAACGGAGACCGCUAUAUUGGAGUUCGGUCUAUCGCUCGGAGGGGAUUUUCAGGCAGAGAGAGGAUUAUCGAAGGUGCUUAAAGUCGAGCCAUUUAACUCGACAAAGAAGCGAAUGGGGGUCGUUUUGGAGCUUCCGGAAGGAAGGGGGCUAAGAGCACACACUAAAGGUGCUUCGGAGAUAAUUCUUGCAGCAUGCGAUAAGGUUCUCAAUUCGGAAGGCAAUGUUGUCCCCCUUGAUGAAACAUCUGUAAAUCUCUUGAAGGGGACCAUUGAUGAGUUUGCUAACGAGGCACUUAGGACACUUUGUCUUGCUUAUAUGGAACUCGAAAGCGAGUUCUCUAUAAAAGACGACAUUCCAGAUUCCGGAUACGUGUGUAUAGGAAUUGUAGGUAUUAAGGAUCCUGUACGGCCUGGAGUACCUGAAUCCGUUGCACUUUGCCGUUCGGCUGGUGUAACUGUACGUAUGGUAACUGGAGACAACAUUAAUACUGCAAAGGCUAUUGCUAGAGAAUGCGGGAUACUUACAGAUGAUGGUGUAGCUAUAGAAGGGCCCGUUUUUCGAGAGAAGAGUUUGGAGGAAUUGUAUGAAUUGAUUCCCAAGAUCCAGGUGAUGGCUCGUUCGUCGCCAUUAGACAAGCAUACAUUAGUGAAGCAUCUUAGGACAACGUUUAAUGAAGUUGUGGCUGUAACUGGCGACGGAACAAAUGAUGCUCCUGCACUUCAUGAAGCAGAUAUUGGACUUGCUAUGGGCAUUGCGGGAACUGAGGUGGCUAAAGAGAGCGCUGAUGUCAUUAUUCUGGACGAUAAUUUCUCCACGAUCGUGACUGUAGCCAAAUGGGGGCGGUCGGUCUACGUAAACAUUCAAAAGUUUGUCCAAUUUCAGCUCACUGUUAAUGUUGUUGCAUUGGCUGUCAACUUCUACUCAGCUUGUAGGACUGGAAGUGCUCCUCUUACUGCUGUUCAGCUCCUGUGGGUCAAUAUGAUUAUGGAUACACUUGGCGCGCUUGCAUUGGCUACUGAGCCUCCUAAUGAGGAACUAAUGAAGAGAGCCCCUGUUGGAAGAAAAGGGAACUUCAUAAGUGUUGUCAUGUGGAGGAACAUUCUAGGACAAUCCUUGUACCAGUUUCUCAUAAUAUGGUUCCUUCAGUCCCACGGAAAGACGAUUUUCAGACUUCAUGGCUACCCCGACUCAGAUUUGGUCCUUAACACAAUUAUUUUCAAUACAUUCGUCUUCUGCCAGCUGUUCAACGAGGUGAACUCGCGAGAAAUGGAGAAAAUAGACGUUCUUGAUGGAAUACUGGACAACUAUGUCUUUGUGUUGGUUGUGGGGGCCACUGUCCUGUUUCAAAUCAUUAUUAUCGAAUACCUGGGAACUUUUGCAAGCACGACUCCUCUCACAUUCAUGCAAUGGCUCGUCAGCAUUGUCAUCGGAUUCUUGGGGAUGCCAAUUGCCGUGAUCUUGAAACAGCAUUUUCCUGUGGAAAAUUAAAAAUACU